AUGGCGGCUCUCAGAGAAAUGCCUCGGGCCGGCCGACAGCUUCUCGGCACCAUAUCGUGGUGGAAGCCUUGCGCAACGAACUUCCAAAGAUGUGCAUCGACCGAAGCCGCUGCGCCUACACCCGAAAUUCCUGAUAUUGAGCAAGACUCCGGCCUGGCGACACCAAUUGUCACUAGGGAAGGUGUUAAGCUUACCGAUCCACGAAAGCGAGCAAGCCGUAGAAACUACGAGCUUCCCCACGAAAGAUACCGAUACCGUCCUCCAAAAUACGACCGAGGACCUUUACACCCAGUCCAACCGCCGCCAUCUUCGGACCCGGUCGCUCGAAACUAUUCCCCUGGACCAUUCAACCUACCCCGACUAAAACAGACCUAUCACUCUACCAUCACCUCCGAUAUCCUGACCUUAACGUACCAGCACAUACCCCCCGGCACUCCCCCCAGUCCCGAAAGAGUACGGUUACGGGAAUGGGACGACUCGUCGCCGUAUAUGAAGAACCGACCUAAACGUGGGCCGCGAGGCAGAGGUGUUCUCUACCCUAUUGAGAAGGACCUCAACUGGCGCAAUCUCCCUGAGGUUAAGGCUGUGCAUUUAUCCAUGUUCAUACCGCAGGCUAAGAAGAACCCGGAUCAUCUCAUCGUCGCACGUUCGGUACUGCAGACCAUUACAGGCGUCCGCCCCACGAUCUCAACAACCAGAAAGAGCGUUGCUCAGUGGGGUAUUGUCAAGGGCGACAGGACGGUUGUCAAGGUUAGUGUCUACGGAGACCAGGCCUAUGAAUUCCUAGACAAGAUCAUUCACCUGGUGUUUCCAAAAAUCAAGAAUUGGAAGGGUGUUAAAGGCUCUGCCGGCGACCACACCGGGGGCAUCAGUUGGGGUUUCGAACCUCAACACGUGCAGCACUUCCCAGAAGUCGAGGCUAAUUAUUCAUUAUAUCCAUCUAAGAUGAUUUCCGGCUGUCGCUUUAACCUUGAAACUACGGCGAAGUCAAAUAGACACACCAGGCUACUCUGUAUGGGUUUAGGCAUCCCGUUCGAUGGCGAGUUAGUAGAUUAA